CGUUCGGUUCGGACGCCCCGCUCUUCGAUAAAACGUAAUAAGAAUAUACUAGACAUUCGAAUUUUCCGAAUUAUAAUCGCAUGAAAAUAUAAACAUUUGAGCAUAUAAGCUGUUAUUAAAUAGUGUACUUUUGUUCGAGGGAAACAAUCUAUACAAUGUUGGUUACCGCGGUAGAAGUGUGCAAGUAAUUUUCAAUUCAAGAGGACUGAUAUACAUCGACGUAAUAGAUGUCACACAGGUCCACUAUUAUAGUACUAAGUGGUAAUAGAUGGGACGUGAGACUUGAGUUACGGUGUAAGUGAUGAACAAAGGUGCACUUUCCGUUCACAAUGCUCGCGGACGAUGAAACACGAUCCAGACAUAACCUCAGCUACAUUGGAACAAACGACACCUACUUCUUAGAAGACACAAGACUAAUAUCCUUGCUGCACAAGAGAGGUGGGAACCACACGCCUAUAGAAGAAUGGCUGAAGGCGCUAGAAGAUUUAAGGAACAAAUACAAUAUUUCCGUUAUAAAGGAAUGCGAUCGCUUCGAUUAUUGCUCCGGGGAAUUUCGGGACCUCAUCCUCGCCUACAAUAGUAUACACGGUUACAUCAGCUUAUUGAUCUGCCUCUUCGGUAGCCUAGCCAAUGCGUUGAACGUGGCCGUCCUGACGCGAAGGGACCUAGCCACUGCUCCCAUCAACCGUCUGCUCAAGUGGUUGGCCGUCGCCGACGUGUUCGUCAUGCUGGAGUACGUGCCCUUUGCUAUUUACAGAUAUCUCCUGUUCCCGGGCCAAGUGGAGCGGCCGUACUCCUGGGCGGUGUACAUGCUGUUCCACAUGCACUUCACGCAGAUCCUGCACACCGCGUCCAUAUUGCUCACACUGUCGCUGGCCAUCUGGCGAUAUAUUGCUAUCAAGUACCCGUCCCACGGACCUUCCUUGUGCACAGAACGUCGCUGCACCAUUGCCAUUAUGAGCAGCUUCCUCUUGCCUCCUAUACUGUGCAUCCCAUCGUACUUCGUAUUCACAAUACAUCAAGACUACGCAAUGGACAACGGCCCAACAAAAGUGUUCUAUGUAGAUUCCAACUACGACGGACGACUAUACCAGACCAAUUUCUGGGUGCACGCUGUUGUUAUAAAACUACUUCCCUGCGUGAUUUUGACGGUGAUCAGCGCUUGGUUGAUCCGGGUGCUAUACCGGGCCAACAGCAGGAAGAAAGCCUUGAAAGGAUACAGUGCUUGUCCGGUUCCUACAGUGGUCAAUGGGAACGGGAAUAUAUUCACAAGGAAAUCCACGAAGCGGUCGAAAGCUGAAAGGAGAACGGACCGGACUACAAGAAUGCUUGUCGCAGUCCUCUUGUUGUUUCUACUGACGGAGUUUCCUCAAGGAAUUCUAGGUCUGAUGAGCGGCAUACUGGGCCGGUGUUUCUUCAAACUCUGCUACGAUCUCUUCGGCGAGCUGAUGGACGCACUCGCUUUGCUGAAUGGAGCUAUCAACUUCGUCUUGUACUGCGCCAUGUCCAAGCAGUUCAGGACUACGUUUCGCCAGAUCAUGUGGAACCGAUGUGCGCCCACCCAGCGAGCCAGUUCUCAUACUGAACUACAAACUACAUUUGUAUGAAACUUACAUAAGCCCGAGGGGGUAUUGGUUUAAAAUUAUGGACAGUAAAAAAAAUACACAGUGGUUAUUGUAAAGAAGCGGUGAUAGCCUAUUGGUUAAUACAUCGGCCUUCUGUUUGGGGGAUCUAAGGUUCGAUCUCGGCCACGCAGCUCUAAUUAUUAGGUACUAUCGGAGUAGGUAUGUGCAUUUUAAUCAACUUAAUGUCACUUGCUUUAACGGUGAUGGAAAAUUUCGUGAGACAACCUGCACUCCCCAAAAUUUCUCUAUAAUGAUUUCAAAGGUGUGCGACAUCUCUUACCUAUAAUAAAUUAUAACUCGUCAUAACCUAGGGAUGUGAGAGUUAUCAAAAUGAUCACCAAGACCAUUGCUUCUUUUGUUAGAACUAUUCCAUUUAAUAGAUCGAUGCUUUUACGGUAGUAUAAGUAGGUAGUUUUCAAUUAAUUGAAUCAUGUCCAAUUACUUCUCAACAAGUAUUGGACUGGUUCAAGUAAUUGGCGGAAAAACCUUUUACAUGAAAAUGAGGACUUUAUUUUUGACUAGUUAAUUCCCGUGACUACGUUUGCGUGGAUUUAAUUUUUUUAAUCCUGAUAAAAUUAUUAGAUUUUAUUUAACCUAUGUCGCUUUCUAGGUCUUUAAAUCUUUAGGUCUAUAGAUAACCGUGCAAAAAAAUCACGUCGAUCCGUUACUCCGUUGCGACGUGAUUGAAGGACAAACGAACAAACCAAUAAAUAACGCACCAACAAACUAACACACUUUCGCAUUUUACAAUUUUAUUUUCGCAAUUUCGCAUUUUACAAUUUUUAGGUGUCUACUGUGAAAAUUUAUUUCUACA